UUUUGACGUUUUUGGAUAUUUUGAUUUUGACGUGUACACUGUCGCGUUUGCCUUAUUUACAACAAUUGUAAUUUACAUAAAUAAAAUCGUUUAUACACCAAAAUGUCUAGCGGUCAAUGGGAAGUUGUAGGCAAGAACAAGAAGUCUCAAAAUGGGAAAGUAAAAACAAUAAAGGAGGACGAGAAGAAGACGACUCGUAAUGGACCGAAGCCUGAAGACGUUGCGCCGCCGACUAAAUCGUAUUACGCUGGCAUGGAGAUCGAUGACCCAAAAGCAAAUGGAAAGAAGGCUACCAAAAACAAGAAGAAAGCUGAACCACCCAAGCCGAAACCCCCGAAAACUAUUGAAGGAGCAUUUGAAGCUAUUGACGCAACAGAGCUAGCGAAUAUCAUUACGACCAACAAAAUCCGGUUCAGCAACGCACCCCUAGUCUGGUUGAAAGAAGUCGCCAAUUUCCUCAAUUCCAAGACCCAAAUAGAAGUCGAAGACCCAACGUUCUCUGCCCAGGACCCUUUGUAUCCUCUGUCGGUGUUGCCGGCUGAAAUAAAGAGUUUGUUGGAGAACGUGCUGAGCGAUGCGGGAAAGGCUAAUUCUCAGUUAUUCUUCGAUGUCACUCUCACCGCUUUAGCUAAUGAUAUGAGUAGAGGUCAACUAGUGAACGGCCACCGCCUCCUCCUGCAAAUGCUGGCGCUGGAGUACCCCGAGUUCUGUGUAGGGUCCAUCCAAAAAAGUGCGAGUCUUCGGAACUCAUACCAGAACCGACCGCCCAUUGGACUGUCCCUUCUUUGGGCGUUUGGGCAGGGAGGGUACAGCGAUUUCUCAGUUGGUUUGAAAGCGUGGCAAGAACUAUUCCUUCCAAUAAUAGAGUUAAAGAAUUAUUCUAAGUACGUGGUAGGGUAUUUGAGCCAGUUACUGGACAGGCACGCCAAGAUGGACGCCACAGUGAGCCAGGAACAACUGUUGGCCAUGUUCGACAUGGUGAACAGUAAGAAAGGCCUGUCUAAGGAUAUGUCAAGUGACCUUAUGAAGCAAUUAAGUAAAUAUAAGGAUAUAUACUUCAAUAAGAGCGGCGCCAAACUCCAAGUGACCUUCAACCAGAUAAUAAAGAAACUUCCCAACCAGUACUUGAGCGGUUCUAACCUGGACCCCUACAACCGAGUGCUAGUGGAAAGUUUAGUAGACUGCUUGCAACGGGACGACUCUUGUAACGCUACGUGGAGACAACUGUUCCAUCGUUGUCCGAAACAGUCUGCCACUCUACUAGAUUACAUAGAUUCUAAUUGGGCAGAAAUCAGUCCAAAGCUAAAGCAAAAAUCCUUAAAAAUGUCAGUAACUCAGUAUAAAGAGAUUAGUGUUGAAACUCUGAAAGGAAAGAAAAAAGAUGAAACCGUUGUAAAGACCAAUAAAAUUUGCCAGGAUAUUCUAGACAGAAUGACGAGCACUAGAAGAUUCCCUUGGCUGUGGGCGAGCUUCAUCUUGCUGCUGGGCAUCGCUGGACUGAUCGCCUAUGAUGUCUCCACGGUCAACGGAAACUUCCCAAAGAGCGCAACCGGCCGACUACUCAACGACCUAGGCAUCCUCGAGCAGAGCCAGCUGGCAUGGCAAAAGUCCCUCUCGGCCUCCGCCAGAGGCUACCUCUGGCUCGAAACCAACACACCCAUCUACUACGCCCAAGCGACCGAAAUAGCCAAACCAUACGGACAACUCUCGAGAGACGCUUUCACAGUCGGUCUCAAGAAAGCUGGCAUACUCUAUGGCAACAUAAAAGACUAUGUCGUUGAGAAAACGCCAGUGGUUAUAGCGACUAUUGAGCAUUAUGUACCUGGGUUGGUGGAUAGCGUGGUGGGGUAUACGACGACGGGGUAUGAAGUUGUGAAGAAGUAUUCGGUCGAGUACUACCAGUUUUCUUCGGAGUAUUUGAAGACCAAAGUUUUUGUAGGCGAGUGGGCCCCCGAAGUCCUCCAGAACAAGACGCAGAGCGCCCUCAACGUGACCCGUUUCCACGUGUCUUCAUACUUACUCUGGCUCCGAACGCAGGUGGACGUGUACUCCGCGAUACCUUGAAGACCAGCGUGCGCUUCGCGUACUAUCAUGUGCU